GCUAAUGUAAGUAAAUGAAUGAUUACAGGAAAUUAAAAUCAUUUUAUAUUAUCAUUUUUUAAAGUCUUUUUUAUAGAACAAUUAUUUCAUCAUCUAUACACUCAUCAAUAAUCACUAAGUUUAGAUUUAUCAAUGAAUGAUAACGUAAAUUGUUCAAAUUUGGAUAAUUAUUCAAUAAUACCUGCUAUUUUAAUUGAAGACUAUUGUGAUUCACAAGUACUACAUGGAAAUUCCGGUGAACGAACUCCAAUAAGUAGUCAUGUUGGAUCAAUAACAAGUGAUGAAUUAAGUGUAACAAGUAGUCAAACAAGUAAAAAACAAAAAUCACAUUUAUCUGGUCGUAAACUACGUUUAAGAUUACAAGCUUUAUUGCGAUCAAAAACAGAUAAACAACAAUUAAAACAACAGUUUAAUGAAAAUACUGACAAUAAUACCAAUGAACUGAUCACUGGUUCAUCUGCAUAUACAAGUAAACACUUAGGAAAUGAUGUUUAUGAUGGUGCAAAAUCAAUAAAUUAUGAUGCAAUACCACCAGUGCCAAAAUUUCAUGAAACCAGUCCUGAGCACAAUUCUGAAAAUGUAUUUAAAUAUAAUAAUAGGGCUGAUGGUCAUAAUGAAACUGAAGAAGUUGUUGAACAUGAAAGGAAGGAAGAUGGAGAAUCAUCAAUAUCGUUGUCUUAUUCUAAUAAAUAUAAGAUGAAAAAUAUUUAUCAGACUCAACCAAAACAUCAUGCUGAUCCGUUGUAUGAAAAACAUCAUGUUAUUUUAGAAGAAAAAGCACUAAUGAAUACUGCAAAUAACUUUUCUACUGGAGGACAUCAUGGUCAUCAUCAUCAUCAUCAUCACCACCACCAUCAUCAUCAUCAUAAAACGCGAUCAAAUAAAAAUUCACCAUCGAAUUCACUAAACGUUUUACAGAAUGACAAUUCUAAUUCCUCUACAAGUAAAAAAACAACUGAGAAAAAUAAUUCGGCUAUGUGGGGUCGCGGAUCUGGUCUAGCCAACCUAGGACUUAAUACAACAGCUACAGCAAAUCGUAAAACUCAUCCUCAUACAGCGGUUGAUUCAAGAGAUAAAACGUCUAGUAACCGUGAAGAUAUAUCCUCAGCAUCGAAUUCCGGAGCAAGUGGACAAAGUAGCGUUCAUUCAACUAUUCACCGACCAGGUCAUCCUGCCUUUUUUGUAAGUGGAAAUGCAACACCAAGUUGUGAAUCCCGGUGGUCAUAUCAUUAGAAGGACCAGUUAGUCCUAAUGCAUAUGGACAGCAGAGUUCCGAGCCGAAAACCGUACAAACAGUACAUUCACGUUUUAGACAGUUUUGGGUAGAGACGUUUGUUGGGGGACGUUCCAGAACGAAAUCUGAAAAUCAAACUCCUUUGCAAGCUGAGAGUCAUAAAGUGAGAUUUUCUGAUCGCCUAAAUGAACCAUUAGACACAGAAAUGGACGUCUUACCGCCUCAUGCAUAUACAAUAACUGGAGGUUCAAGUCAAGCUGCUUCUAUCCUACGACCUUUGGCCGUGUAUACUAACCUUUCUGGUCCUCACUCAGAUCAAGUAUCCCCACGAUUUAUCUCAUCUGGUACUGGUAGUCUUCGACGACUAGUAUCUAAAAAUCAUCGGGGUGGGGCAAAUGGAAUGUCAGUUACACCUCCAGCAUUUUCACUAUCCCAUCAAAGCGAUAAAUUUUGGUGGUCAAAAUCUCCUAUUGGACGAAAAGAACGUUUUGUUUCUACCGGUAAUAUAACAGGGAAAAGCUCGGAUGACCUUUAUAUACAUCCAAAACCCUCUAAACUACCUCGCGAACAACCAGUUAGUAGUUUGGAAUUUACGACUUCACGAUUGAAAAAUCCGAAGAAGAAUUUUCCUUUAAAAACUAGUUUGGAUGUAUUACGCAGGAAAAGAGGUUAGUCAAAUUUAAAGUACAAAAAUUUAAACAAACAAAAAAACAUUAAUGUGCAAUGAUAAAUAUUUCCUUUUUAGUUUGGUUAUUCUUUUUAUCUAAAGAUUAUUAAGGUCUAAAAUAAGCUGUUUAUCUUCUUCACUGUAU